AUGCGGGGCAGGGGACGCUGCCGGUCACCCAGUCCCGAAGUCCUGCAGACCCUCCCUCCCCCUUUGGACUGUUGGAUCCACCACGGUACCUGCACAAGCCUGUUGCUGUACAUGCAGGCCUGCUGGAUGGAUGCAGGCGGGAGGAAACAACGACACUCCGCCUACCCAAAAUGGCGGCAGUCCAUGCCACGAUGUCGCAUGCAAACAACGCUGCCUCGCAAACCAGAGCAGCAAGCAGCUAACGGGCCAGGAACGGUUCUGAGCAGUGACAGAGUGGCGGAAGCUGAAAAGGACGGUGGCAAUAAACUCACCACGGCAAGCAGGGUGGAGUGCCCCAGGACAAGCGGCAGCGAGAAACAUUAA